AUAUAUAUAACAGACCUACCCUAAGGCUGAUUUGCACAUGUAUGCAUCAGCAACAGAAAGUUCUAUAUUUGCAUUUGUAUUUGAUAGUUUUCUAUGGCUACUAAACCAGGAAUUCUCACAGACUGGCCAUGGACGCCUCUUGGAAGAUUUAAGUACGUGAUCCUAGCUCCUUGGGCCAUUCAUAGCACUUACUCAUUCAUAGUUAAGGAUAAGAGUGAAAGGUCCCUUUCACUCUUCCUCAUAUUUCCAUUUCUACUAUGGAGGAUGCUUCACAACCAAAUAUGGAUUAGUCUCUCUCGUUACUGGACUGCCAAAGGCAAGAACUCGAUCGUUGACAAGAGUAUCGAGUUUGAGCAAGUUGACAGAGAAAGCAAUUGGGAUGACCAAAUAUUGUUCAAUGGAGCCUUGUUCUACCUAGCAAGUAAGACAUUGACUCAGGCAGAGAGCCUACCAUUGUGGAGGACAGAUGGAGUAAUUAUGACGUUUCUUCUACAUUCUGGUCCUGUAGAGUUUCUCUAUUAUUGGCUCCAUAGAGCACUGCACCACCAUUAUCUUUACUCUCGCUAUCAUUCCCAUCACCAUUCUUCAAUUGCUACAGAGCCUAUAACUUCUGUCAUUCAUCCAUUUGCGGAGCACAUAGCAUAUUUCGCGUUGUUUUCCAUACCAAUGUUAACAGCAUUACUUACUGAUACUGCCUCUAUUGCAUCCAUUGCUAUCUACCUCACAUAUAUUGAUUUUAUGAAUAAUAUGGGUCACUGCAAUCACGAACUCAUUCCAAAAUGGCUCUUUUCCAUCUUUCCUCCACUGAAGUACCUCAUGUACACCCCCUCGUUUCACUCUCUGCAUCAUACACAAUUUCGUACCAAUUAUUCACUGUUCAUGCCAGUCUAUGACUACAUAUAUGGUACCACGGACAAAUCUACAGACGAACUAUAUGAAAUUUCACUCAGAAGGGAAGCAGAAUUACCAGAUGUAGUGCACCUAACUCAUCUAACUACACCUGAGUCCAUCUAUCAUCUCAGGCUUGGUUUUGCCUCUUUGGCCUCCAAACCAUACACAUCAAAAUGGUACUUCUCAUUGAUUUGGCCUGUGACAUUGUGGUCUAUGAUGUUAAAUUGGUUAUACGGCCGUACUUUCAUUGUUGAGAGAUACCGUUUUAAUAAACUCAAAUUACAAAGUUGGGUCAUACCAAAAUACAGAAUACAAUACUUUCUACAAUGGCAAAAUGAGACUAUAAAUAACUUAAUUGAGGAAGCCAUACUGGAAGCAGAGGAAAGAGGUGCUAAAAUAUUAAGCUUAGGUCUCUUGAAUCAGGAAGAGGAGCUUAAUAGAUAUGGUGCACUUUAUGUUGAGAGGUACCCUAAGCUAAAUGUGAAGGUCGUAGAUGGGAGUAGUCUGGCAGUUGCUGUUCUGCUAAACAGCAUUCCCAGAGGAACAACCCAAGUGGUUCUUAGAGGCAAACUCACCAAGGUUGCUUACGCCUUGGCCUUUAACUUAUGCCAAAGGGGUAUCACGGUGCUUACAAUACGAGAGGAUGAGUUUUUGAAGCUAAACAAAUCGUUCAACACCAAUUCUGAAAGUAAUUUGAUAUUUUCAGUAAGUUAUUCUCAAAAGAUUUGGUUAGUGGGAGAUGGAUUGGAUGAGGAAGAACAGUUAAAGGCGCCCAAAGGAACAUUGUUUAUUCCCUUCUCACAAUUCCCACCAAAGAAAUUGCGCAAAGACUGUUACUACCAUAGCCCUCCAGCAAUGGUGACUCCAAGGUCUCUCGAGAAUAUGCACUCUUGUGAGAAUUGGUUUCCAAGAAGAGUGAUGAAUGCUUGGCGUAUAGCUGGGAUUGUGCAUGCUUUGGAAGGAUGGAAUGAACACGAGUGCGGUAACACAAUGUCCAACAUUGAGAAAGUUUGGCAAGCAAGUCUUCAACAUGGAUUUCAGCCUUUGCUGCUUCCAACUGAAUCAAAAUGCUAAUAGCUUACUAUAAGAUAUGAAAAUGUACCUGCCUGAGCUAUUAGCCUAUUACAUCAAAUUAAGGCUUGAUGGGUUUGAUUUUGGUGAAUAGACUAUAUUAAUACUUGGGUGUUGUUAACGGGUGCUGUAUAGAACCCGUUAAUGUGAUAAAAUUUAAAAUAAAUUAUUCACGUUUUUUUAGGGAUGUGGAAAAAAAUUGAAUA